CCUCUCAAUCCAAGCUGUGACUGGUCGAGUGUUUGUUUCAAGUAGACAACUUCUGACUCAUCUGUGGAUCUCUAGACUGAGUUGGCAACUUAGCCAGGCUCAAUGUCGGUGGCUCCAUUGUUGUCCGUGCAGCCUACCAGGGCACUGGUAGACGAGAAGUUUCACAUAUUUGUGAGAAACCUGCUGCCAAGGCAAAGGGUGACGAUCCACUCCUUGCACCAGUCGGAAGCCAAGGACUACUGGGAAGCAUUUGGCCAGUACACCAGCAAUGACGGGGGAACAGUCUCAGUCUCGGAAGAUGCGAGUUCAGGUGGGACGUAUACCGGAGUUGAACCCAUGGGACUGUUGUGGAGCAUGCGUCCCGUUCCAGGUAGCACACGUGUACUCAGGUUAAGGAAGAAAGACGUCAUGACUCCAAUGGUGGUAAGCAUCUCAGUGUUCAGUGGUCACAUGACCCAAGGCUUCUUGGAAAAGGACGCCCUAGCAACGGUUGUCACGGAGAGGUGGUACCUGGCGCCAGGAGUUCAGCGAGUGGACGUCAGGGAACGAGGAGUUAAAGGCACCUUCUUCAUACCACCAGGUCCGGGGCCCUUCCCUGCAGUGCUGGACAUGUGGGGUGGAUUAGGGGGACUGGUGGAGUACCGAGCAGCUCUGUUAGCAUCACACGGCUUCCUCACUAUGGCACUAGAUUACCUUUCCGUGGAGACGAAUCGAAUGGUUGCUUCAGAAAUUCAGUACUUUGAGGUAGUGUGUGACACCCUGCAGUCCCAUCCUCAGGUGUGCCCUGAUAGAGUGGCUGUUCUGGGUUUGUCUACUGGGACAUUAGCUGCGUUCAGGAUUGCAGCCCACUCACAAACACUACAGCCCCGGUGUUGUGUCGGCAUCAGUGGAGGUCAUAAUCUCGCCAUCAACACGUCCAUCUUGGAAUUCUUCGAAUUCUUGAUGCGGACGGCAUUUGUAAAGGGCAAGGCCCGCAUUAAUGAGAAUAAUCAUGUGAUCUUUAGAGAUGUCCUUCUGCCAAUUCCAACUGAGCCAGACAUGAAACUCGACGUGGGUUUGAUAAAGUGUCCCAUACUGAUAGUGAUGGGGCAGGACGACCAGAAUUGGCCGACUGUGGAAUCUACUGAGGAUAUUCAGCAGAUGAUGGACUUGGCUGGUAAUGGCCACCUGCUGACGGUGUUGUCGUAUCCAGACGCAGGUCACCUGAUCGAGCCUCCAUACACGCCACAUACCCGCUUCAGCAACUUCAUCACGCAAAAGAAUAAGAAAGUGUUGAUGCUGUGGGGCGGUCAGACCAAACCCCAUGCAGUCGCCCAGGAAGACUCUUGGACCAAGAUCCUCCACUUCCUCCACACACACCUUCACCAGGCCUCACCACCUGUUGCCAGACUGUAACACACAUACACACACACGCCCACACAUGCACACACACACACACACACACACACACACGCCGGAAGAUUUACCUACACCACUUACGGUAUAAUAACCAUCUUGUCAAGAUCAGAAUAUAAUAUGCUAUGCUUAUUAGCAAAAUGCCCGUUCCUGGAAAUGGGAAAACUACCGUAUAUGGAAAUGUUGAGAUAGCUUGCAAUGUUUAAUUGUACAGUAGGUGACGCACUAUUUUUUACAUUAUUUGUAAUGCUAGCAGCAAAAAAGAUUUGAGUUUUACAGUAUAAGUUGUCCUCCAAAGACCAGAUGGCAUGAAACCACAUAAAACUUACACAGUAGAAGUUGAUUCCCACUCCACUGCAGUCAUAGUUUGGUUAUUACUCAUUUACAAACAUUUGUAAAUGCUUUGUUAAAUGUUAAUUGAUAUUAAAUGUGAAUAAAGAGUUUAUAAAGCUGUGAAUAGGACGUUACUGUAUUGUAAAGUGUUACCAUUGAGUUAUGAGUUCAUAAAUUGAGGAGAGGAGCUGUUCUCAGAUGCUUUCCUCUAGCUUAAAGUAUAUAUGAUUCUUAUUUGUAUUUUUGUGUUUUUAUCUUAAUGUUUUAAAAUGUUUUUUGACUCUAAUUUCUUUUUUUCUUUCUUUCUUAUAUCCUUUUUUUUGCAUUUGUUUUUUGUGAAGCACAUUGAGUUGCACCUGUGUAUGAAAUGCACUAUACAAAUAAACUUGCCUUGCCUUGCCUUGCCUUCAUAAUCAGAACAAC